AUGGUGUCGCGUAGGCCCAUCCUGGCUCUCCUGGUCUUGGCCACAGCCGGCCUCAGCUUCCGCGCCUUCGUCAGCGCCCCGAAGCCCCAUGCCGCGCUCGGCCUGGGAGCGCUGAUGUUUCCCACGAUGGCCUGGGCCGAGGAGGAAAUGGAUGCGUCAACUCGUGCCUUCAAGGAUGCCACGGAGGAGUUCACCGGCCGCGAGGCCGCCAUGCAAAAACUGGGAGCGUGGCGAGGGGACGAUUACUCCUGGAAUGUCAUUGGGGCGAUCGGCAUUGCUUUCCUCCUCCUUGUGUGCUACGAGUCCUGGAAAGACGAGAUCGAGGGAACACUCGUGCCGAGCAACGCGCGCACGGAAGCCGACGACUACUUCAAUCCUGACUUCGACCCCUACCGAGGCAUGAACCUGAAGAAGGAGACCAAAGAGAAGCAGGACGCGUGA